GUUACGCCAGCGCCGACUGGCGUCCUGGCGGAGUCUGCACAGAGACACCUCAUCGAUGGGAGGCGGCCACGGGAGCGCGCGCGGAUUGGCUGGAGCAGACGGGAGUCGGCUGGGCGCGGAGCUGACUGGGAGACCGCAGUGCCGGGGAGCGCACCAAAGUUCUCGCGUGGCCCAGGCGCGGGGCCCAAGAUGGUGGCGUUAGAAGCCCCAACUCAGUGAUGGCGACCGUGGAGGGGCCCCCUACCGAGCGGGAGGCUGGGGGUGGCCCGGAGGUGAGACCCCGCUGCCUUCACAGAGUUGGGGGCCGCGGCGCCUGCGUCCUCCGGCAGGCUAGGAGUGGAGCAGAACUCAUAUGCCUAUGCGGAGAGGCCUGGGGGACCUCAGGAGGAUGUAGGCUCCGGGUGCGCACGGCUGGGCCUUCUUGCUCUCGGUAGGCUUCUUGGUCUCCACGUGCCCCGCUCUCGGCCCCCUCCCGUUACUCUUGCCUGUUCCAGUUCCCUCCUGUGGGUACCGCUAACGGCAUCUUCCCGAGGCCCAGAAUCCACCGUCAGGCAUAAAUUGAUUAUUCCUCACCCAAAGCUGUGCCAGGUAUAUUUGUAUAUGUAACCAAAUCUGGUUUCUGCAUCCCACGAGUGACCCCGCUGGGGAGACUAGACUAAGCUACAGGAAUGAACUGUAUGGUUCAGAUUCUGAAAACAGGAAUAAGAUGAAGGAACGAAAAUCAAAGAUGGAAAUUUCUGAAGAAAAGAAGUCAGCGAGGGCUGCAUCCGAAAAACUCCAAAGACAGAUCACCCAGGAAUGUGAGUUAGUUGAAACCAGUAAUUCUGAGGACAGAUUAUUGAAGCACUGGGUAAGCCCUUUAAAGGAUGCAGUGAGACAUCUCCCUUCCCAAGAGAGAGGUAUCAGGGAAAUGCGUAUUAUCCCCAAGAAAGCCAUUGUGGGAGAGAUUGGCCAUGGAUGUAAUGAAGGAGAAAAAAUACUUUCUGCAGGAGAAAGCUCCCAUAGAUAUGAGGUUAGUGGCCAAAACUUCAAACAUAAGUCAGGAUUAACUGAACAUCAGAAAAUUCAUAAUAUAAAUAAGACCUAUGAAUGUAAGGAAUGUGGAAAAACCUUCAACAGGUGUUCAAACCUGAUAAUACAUCAGAGAAUUCAUCCUGGAAAUAAACCAUAUGUGUGUAAUGAAUGUGGGAAAGACUCUAAUCAAAGUUCAAAUCUUAUACAUCAGAGAAUUAAUACAGGAAAGAAACCUUAUAUAUGUCAUGAAUGUGGAAAAGACUUCAAUCAGAGCUCUAAUCUGGUGAGACAUAAGCAAAUUCACAGUGGCGGGAAUCCCUAUGAGUGCAAAGAGUGUGGGAAGGCUUUUAAGGGAAGCUCAAACCUUGUCCUACACCAGAGAAUCCACAGUGUGGGGAAGCCAUAUUUAUGCAAUAAAUGUGGGAAGGCCUUCAGUCAAAGUUCACACCUUGUCACACAUCAGAGAAUUCACACUGGAGAGAAACCCCUCAAGUGUAAUGAAUGUGAAAAAGCCUUCAGGCAGCAUUCUCACCUUACUGAACACCAGAGACUCCACAGUGGAGAGAAACCCUAUGAAUGUCACAAACGUGGGAAGACCGUCAGUGGGCGCACAGCUUUCCUCAAACAUCAGAGACUGCAUGCUGGAGAGAAACUUGAAGAAUGUGAGAAAACCUUCAGCAAGGAUGAGGAGCUUACAGAAGAGCAGAGACUUCACCAGGAAGAAAAAGCUUAUUGGUGUAAGCAGUGUGGUAGGAAUUUCCAGGGCAGCUCAGACCUCAUCACACAUCAGGUAACUCAUACAGGAGAGAAACCGUAUAAAUGUAAAGAAUGUGGGAAAACUUUCAAUCAGAGCUCAGACCUUCUGAGACAUCAUAGAAUUCACAGUGGAGAAAAACCUUGUGUAUGUAGCAAAUGUGGGAAAUCUUUUAGGGGCAUCUCAGAUCUUACUAGACACCAUCGUAUUCAUACUGGAGAGAAACCCCAUGAAUGUAGGGAAUGUGGGAAAGCCUUCAGCCAGCGGUCACACCUUGUUACACACCAGAAAAUCCAUACUGGAGAGAAGCCCUAUCGGUGCAAUGAAUGUGGGAAUGCCUUCAGACGGCGUUCCCUCCUUAUUCAACAUCGGAGAAUUCACAGUGGUGAGAAGCCCUAUGAAUGUAAGGAAUGUGGGAAACUCUUCAUUUGGUGCUCGGCUUUCCUCAAACAUCAGAGAUUGCAUGCUGGAGAGAAACUUGAAUGUGAGAAAACCUUCAGCAAGGGUGAAGAGCUUACGGAAGAGCAGAGAACUCACCAGGAAGAGAAAGCUUAUUUGUGUAAUCAGUGUGGUAGGAAUUUCCAGGGCAGCUCAGACCUCAUCAGACAUCAGGUAACUCAUACAGGAGAGAAACCGUAUGAAUGUAAAGAAUGUGGGAAAACUUUCAAUCAGAGCUCAGACCUUCUGAGACAUCAUAGAAUUCACAGUGGAGAAAAACCUUAUGUAUGCACCAAAUGUGGGAAAUCUUUUAGGGGUAGCUCUGAUCUUAUUAAACACCAUCGUAUUCACACCGGAGAGAAACCCUAUGAAUGUAGUGAAUGUGGGAAAUCCUUCAGCCAGAGGUCACACCUUGCUACACACCAGAAAACCCAUACUGGAGAGAAGCCCUAUCAGUGCAAUGAAUGUGGGAGUGCCUUCAGGCGGCAUUCCCUCCUUAUUCAACAUCGGAGAAUUCAUAGUGGUGAGAAACCCUAUGAAUGUAAGGAGUGUGGGAAACUCUUCAUGUGGCGCACAGGUUUCCUCAAACAUCAGAGACUGCAUGCUAGAGAGAAACUUGAAGAAUGUGAGAAAACCUUCAGCAAGGAUGAGGAGCUUAGGGAAGAGCAGAGACUUCACCAGGAAAGGAAAGUUUAUUUGUGUAAUCAGUGUGGUAGGACUUUCCAGGGCAGCUCAGACCUCAUCAGACAUCAGGUAACUCAUACAAGAGAGAAACCGUAUGAAUGUAAAGAAUGUGGGAAAACUCAAUCGGAGCUCACACCUUGUGAGACAUCACAGAAUUCACAGUGGAGAAAAACCUUAUGUAUGCACCAAAUGUGGGAAAUCUUUCAGGGGUAGCUCAGAUCUUAUUAAACACCAUCGUGUUCAUACUGGAGAGAAACCUCAUGAAUGUAGUGAAUGUGGGAAAUCCUUCAGCCAGAGAUCACACCUUGUUACA